CCUAUCCUUACCAUUCACUACUGGCCAAAACACCAUCCACACAAGUACAACUUAUCCCUGAUUUUUUACCCACCAAAGGGACAACAACAAGUGGAGGUCAUGCUAUUGAUUUAGGAGAAGAAGACAGGAAGUUUCCUUAUGUCUACAUUCAAUGUAUUGUGUAUUUCUUCCCCCUUCCCCUGCCUAUAUAUAAUCAGGCCUUAUGGCCAUUGUAACACAUCUUUGAAUAUUGAAAACCAUUUACUCUUUGAGUAUUAUUAAAAUAGUGUGAUGCUAUUUUAGCCAAAUUCCUAAUUCUAUAUCUUAAGAGUGGUUAUCUUAAGUGUGAGUUUUAGGUUCUAGAUAUUUGAUUAAGUGUGUAAUAUCUUAAUUGAAUUCUAGAUUCAAACCCCAAGUUAGGAUAAGAGUGUGUAAUAUCUCCUAACACCAACUUGGUUUUAUCCAUCCGUGAUAUUUCUUCCAUUUCAUAUCCCUCCAUUUCUCCUUCUUAAUCCUAUUCUUUUUCUUCCAUAAAAUACCAAAAAAGAACUCCUAAAACACCCUCCAUACUUUCGCCCACUAUUUCCCUUCCAUUUUCCUCCGCACAUCCGCCACUAAAUUAUAAACUUGAUAAGACCCCCGGUUCACCCCUAACAUUUGGUAUCGGAGCUCAGCUUUGAGGCUUUCUUACGUCUCGACGAUAACCUUGAGGACCGGCUUCGCAAACGCUGCCCAAAAGAACGUUGCUGAAAUUUCUUCCCCAGAAACUUUCAGUUCCAUGGCGUUGAGCACGGAGGAUGCUACACAACGUAUUUGAAGGUGAAACUUUCCAGUUCAGUAGUUUAACCUUUUAUCUACGUCUGGCCGCUGAUUUCACUCAAUUCCGAGUUACGGUUUGAGAGAUACGCCCUCCCGAAGUUGAUAACACAGUCCUGGCCGGAUUCUGUCUACCUUGCUGAGUUUGUCUCCAAAGAGGUAGAAAACAUUUUUCAAUGGCUCUGAAAUUUUGAUAUGUCUUUAAAGACUUCAAUAUCUAACUCCGGGAGUUGGAAUUACAUCUUUCCAAUAUCUGGUUGUUGAGAUAUGGAUGUCCAAAGAUACCUCAAAAAUCUGGAGAUCAUCUACGCCAAUGAGGCUGUAUUGCAAGGGCCAACUCAACAGUGCUACAAGUGUUGUGGCUAUGGUCAUAUCUACUGGAUAUGCCCAAAUGAACAUGCCGUACCGUAUGAAGAAUGGGCCAAGAUUAAUGAAGAAGCUUCACGUGCAGAAGUUUUGAUUGAAGAAAUAAUUUGUGAAGAGGAAAAGAAAAGCUUCAACGACCAGCUUGUCAUUGUUGAAGACGUCUCUGAUUUUCAAGUCAAAGAUGAAAAUGACGUCUUCGUUGAAGAACCAGAUUCCGAGAAAUGCCUCUAAAACAGCCAGCCCAUCUCCCUCAUUUAACCCUUUCCCUGUCCAGAAUUAUUUCCCCCAAAACCCAAUCAAAUAAGUGAGAUACAUUCACCUAUCCUUACCAUUCACUACUGGCCAAAACACCAUCCACACAAGUACAACUUAUCCCUGAUUUUUUACCCACCAAAGGGACAACAACAAGUGGAGGUCAUGCUAUUGAUUUAGGAGAAGAAGACAGGAAGUUUCCUUAUGUCUACAUUCAAUGUAUUGUGUAUUUCUUCCCCCUUCCCCUGCCUAUAUAUAAUCAGGCCUUAUGGCCAUUGUAACACAUCUUUGAAUAUUGAAAACCAUUUACUCUUUGAGUAUUAUUAAAAUAGUGUGAUGCUAUUUUAGCCAAAUUCCUAAUUCUAUAUCUUAAGAGUGGUUAUCUUAAGUGUGAGUUUUAGGUUCUAGAUAUUUGAUUAAGUGUGUAAUAUCUUAAUUGAAUUCUAGAUUCAAACCCCAAGUUAGGAUAAGAGUGUGUAAUAUCUCCUAACACCAACUUGGUUUUAUCCAUCCGUGAUAUUUCUUCCAUUUCAUAUCCCUCCAUUUCUCCUUCUUAAUCCUAUUCUUUUUCUUCCAUAAAAUACCAAAAAAGAACUCCUAAAACACCCUCCAUACUUUCGCCCACUAUUUCCCUUCCAUUUUCCUCCGCACAUCCGCCACUAAAUUAUAAACUUGAUA